GCAUCAUACGUGAGGCAAAAGAAAGACCUUUACUUUGGUGAUGGACAAAGGAAAAAGGACUGGCAUAACAAAGAAGCUAUAAGGAGGGACUCUGAGCGUGUAGGACCUGGAGAACAGGGAAAACCUUACCCAAUGACUGAUGCAGAGCGAGUGGACCAGGCAUACAGGGAAAAUGGCUUUAAUAUCUUUGUGAGUGAUAAAAUUUCUCUGAAUCGUUCCCUUCCAGACAUCAGACAUCCAAACUGCAAGAAUAAGCUGUACCUGGAGAAGCUUCCGAACACUAGCGUGAUAAUACCAUUCCACAAUGAAGGAUGGUCCUCUCUCCUCCGGACAGUGCACAGUGUCCUAAACCGCUCCCCUCCUGAGCUGAUAGCAGAGAUAGUGCUGGUGGAUGACUUCAGUGACAGAGAACACCUGAAGAAACGCCUGGAAGAUUAUAUGGCUCAGUUCCCAAAUGUGAGAAUCCUCCGAACCAAAAAGAGAGAAGGGCUGAUAAGAACUCGAAUGCUGGGGGCCUCUGUGGCGAUAGGGGAUGUCAUCACCUUCUUGGAUUCCCAUUGCGAGGCCAACGUGAACUGGCUGCCACCUCUGUUGGAUCGCAUUGCCCGAAAUCGCAAGACUAUUGUUUGUCCCAUGAUUGAUGUUAUUGAUCAUGACCACUUUGGAUAUGAGACUCAGGCUGGAGAUGCAAUGCGAGGCGCAUUUGACUGGGAGAUGUAUUACAAGAGGAUCCCUAUUCCUCCCGAGUUACAGAAACCUGAUCCCAGUGAUCCCUUUGAGUCUCCUGUAAUGGCUGGAGGACUGUUUGCAGUCGAUAGAAAGUGGUUCUGGGAGCUGGGAGGGUAUGAUGCAGGUCUGGAGAUAUGGGGAGGAGAGCAGUAUGAAAUAUCCUUUAAGGUAUGGAUGUGUGGGGGUCGCAUGGAGGACAUCCCUUGCUCUAGAGUUGGUCAUAUCUACAGAAAAUAUGUUCCAUACAAGGUUCCAACAGGAGUCAGCCUGGCAAGAAACUUGAAGCGGGUGGCUGAGGUGUGGAUGGAUGAAUACGCAGAGUUCAUAUACCAGCGUAGACCAGAGUACCGGCAUCUUUCUGCAGGGGACGUCGCAGCUCAGAAGGAACUUCGCAACAACCUCAACUGCAAAAGCUUCAAGUGGUUCAUGAACGAGGUCGCAUGGGACUUGCCAAAGUUUUACCCACCAGUGGAGCCUCCAGCAGCUGCUUGGGGAGAGAUACGCAAUGUAGGAACUGGACUGUGUGUGGAUACUAAGCAUGGAGCCCUGGGAUCCCCACUGAGGCUGGAAAACUGUGUGAAGGACAGAGGAGAGGCAGCAUGGAACAAUGUGCAGGUGUUCACGUUCAGCUGGAGAGAAGACAUCCGUCCUGGGGAUCCUCAGCAUACCAAGAAGUUUUGUUUUGAUGCCAUUUCCCACAGCAGCCCUGUAACUCUCUAUGACUGUCAUGGAAUGAAGGGGAACCAGCUCUGGAGAUACCGAAAAGACAAGACCCUCUACCAUCCAGUAAGCAGCAGCUGUAUGGACUGCAGUGAGAGUGACCGAAAGAUCUUUAUGAGUAGCUGCAAUCCUUCAUCUCCGACACAGCAGUGGAUAUUUGAACAUACAAACUCAACCGUCUUGGAAAAAUUUAACAGAAAUCUUGAUCUUUAA